AUAUGCGUAUUUGGGUAAAAAAGUUUCUGUCGUUUGUGCUGCAAUUUCUACCUUCACCGUGCUUUUCGUUUAAUUUUUUUGCAAACUUCAAGAACAAAAAAAUGCAAUUGUUGAGCGUAAACAUUAAAUAGCUGCUGCGGCCGUACACUACUCUAUAAAAAUAUUGCCGUCUGUUGAGCAACACGGUUAGCUAUAUGAGAACCAUGACAAAAGACUACGAUUAUCUGUUAAAGGUGCUUCUGGUUGGCGACAGCGAUGUGGGUAAACACGAAAUACUGUCCAAUCUGGAGGAUCCGUCAACCGAAAGCCCCUUCUGCAGUGGGAAUGAUUGCACCUCUCACAUAUUGCAAACGGUAGCAUACAAAACGACAACCAUCUUGCUGGAAGGCAAACGGGUUAAGCUACAGAUCUGGGAUACAUCCGGUCAGGGUCGUUUCUGUACCAUAAUACGCUCCUAUUCGCGCGGCGCUCAAGGUAUUAUCUUAGUGUAUGAUAUAACAAACAAAUGGAGCUUCGAUGGCAUCGAUCGCUGGCUCAAGGAGGUCGAGGAGCAUGCGCCUGGCAUACCCAAGGUGCUUGUGGGCAAUCGCUUACAUUUGGCCUACAAGCGUAAGGUGGCCGCCAAGACGGCGGAAACCUAUGCCUCACGCAACAAUAUGUCCUGCUUUGAAAUCUCGCCACUUUGCGACUUCAAUAUACGCGAAUCGUUCUGCGAGCUGGCUCGGAUGGCGCUGCAUCGCAAUGGCAUGGAGCACAUCUGGCGCAGCAAUAAGGUGUUGUCGCUGCAGGAGCUCUGCUGCCGGACAAUUGUGCGUCGCACUAGUGUUUAUGCCAUCGAUUCGUUGCACCUGCCGCCCUCCGUUAAAUCGACACUGAAGUCGUAUGCCAUGACAACGUCACAGUGCUACAAUUCGUUAACGCAAAACUCGAAAAGUCGGAAUCGCUGCAAGACGCCAACCAGCCACAGUCGCAACAGCUGUGCGAUCGCGUGAUUGCCGGCCUGUAGGUGGUUUCUCGUCUCUUCUGCAACUGCCUACGCAACUACGGCUGCGCAAUUGCGCCUAAAUCUACAAUCUACUUAUAUUUAUACUAUCUAAGCUUCAACACACACACACACAUUACACAUACA